AUGGUUGCUUUUAGGGUGGCAUUUGCCGUGAUUCUGAGUGUGCAAUUCAUAAUUGGAAAUAUAGGCAAUGGAUUCAUAACAGUGGUGAACUACAUUGACUGGGUGAAGAGGAGAAAGAUCUUUUUAAUUGAUCAAUUACUCACUGGUGUGUCAGUCUCCAGAAUUGGUACAAUCUGGUUCGUAUUCUUAAUUAACUUGGGUUUCAUGUUUGACACAAUCAACAUGAAGAAUGAAACUGUGUUAAAAAUGAGUGCUAUUGCCUGGACUAUUACCAAUCAUUUUAGUGUUUGGUUUGCCACAAGUCUUGGCAUCUUUUAUUUUCUCAAGAUUGCUUAUUUUUCUAACUCUAUUUUUCUGUACCUUCAGUGGAGAGUAAAAAAAGUGAUCUCAGUAACGUUGCUAAUGUCUUUGUUCCUUUUGUUUUCAAAUGUUGCAUGGACAAAUAUAUAUGCUGAGUUUUGGAUUGAAAGACAUAAAGAAAACCUGACUUUGAAUUCGAGUUUGGGUGAUUGUGCCCACUUCCGUGGAAUUCUCCUGACCAUUGAGAUGACGUUCGCGAUCAUCCCUUUCACGCUAUUCCUGAUGACUUCUCUCCUGCUCUUCUUCUCCCUGUGGCGACAUCUUAGGAAGAUGCGGAUCAACGUCACGGCAUCCAGAGACAGCAGCACCAGGGCCCAUGUAAAAUGCUUGCUAAUUUUGUUUGUUCUUCUCGUGCUGCGUACCCUCUUCUUUUCGUUUCUUCUCUUACAAAAUUGGAACUCUGAGUUGGUGGAGAAUCAACUGAUUUCCAUGGUUGCUCAGGUUUUCGCCAUGUCCUAUCCAUCGAGUCACGCAUGGAUCUUGAUUCUGGGAAACAGCAAGCUGAGAGGAGCCUCGGUAACAGUGUUGUGGUGGCUUAGAUGGAGAUGGAAGUGA